AUGACGGCCGUUAUCACGAUUGCCGACGCUCUGCACAUCACAGAUGAUCAGCCGAUCACGCAGCCUCUCAUCGAUUUCCAUAAUAUAGUGCUCAACAUCCGCCGGCCAAAGUUGAGCAACAGCAAGACGUGGCUCGCGUUGGACAGUCAAAGUUAUGACUACUUCUGCUCUCGGGGCAAGAUCGCCAGUGGAGACAACAGACCGUCUAUCUUCAGCUACGACUAUCUGGCCAUGCCAAUCUACGGCGGGAGUAAUGACUCUCCCGCUCCACGAGGACACCGCCACCCAGCCUGCGUGGUUGCUGCUGUACGACUCCCUUGGGAUGCAUGCUGUGGGGGGCAGUGCAUUCAAGAACAUGACCAAGCGUGGCAGAUGCCUUUGCAGCAGAACCAUGUUGACUGCGGCAUCUUCGUCUGCCAGUACAUUCAUGCGCUUGUGGAGGCGUGUUUCGAAGGUGCUGAGGAAGGGGUGUGGUUCAGCAUGAGCCCGUUGGCGUACCGACGUGGGUUACGGGAGGAUGUAUGCGCUCUUGCAGAAGGGCGGCUGAUCGGCGAGCUCACGGCAGCUGGGCAUGAGAUCCCUUCUGGCAAUGAGAUAAGGAAACCACCUGAGGCUGAGGUGAUUGGUGAUGAGGUGGAGGAUAUGGAGUGGAGAGCGGAGAUGGCAGAACGGAUGCAUAGGCUGGAGGUUCGCAAUGAGGGUCAGGCAGUGGCUAUUGCCAAGCUCGAGAGGCAAUUGCGUGAGCUGAUGCUUUCCCGUACUCCGCAGCAUGGCGUUGACGGUGAGGCUGCAGGGGAGGGACAUGGUGAUGUGGCAGGGGACGGUGGAACUGGUGAACCUGCACCUAUGGAAGUCAUGGGUGGGGACAAUGCUGGCACACAUGACAGCGUGAGAGGUGCACAUGGAGAGGGGCCUGUGGCUGCCGUUGAUACGGGUGUUGGUGUGAAAGACAGUAUGCGUGACGGCGUUGGGGAGGGUGAUAUGGAUGACGGCCCGUGGAGUAACAAUGCGAAAGGGGGGGUGCGUGAUGAGGGUGCCGGAGGCUUGUUGGGUACUACGGUUGGUAACAGAGGUGCUUGA